UCACAGGCACAACUAUCCGGUUUGGCUGCGUUUGCACAGCCUCAACUGCAACAUCAGACGCUGCAACAGCACUCCAUUCAACAACAAGCCAUUCAACAGAAACAGGGCUCCCCUCCGCAUCAACUGUCACACACAGUGACUGGACCGGCUCUCGCAGACUCACAAAUGCAGCUGCAGACGUUAUGAUUGAAGCAGAUGAUGAACGUCCAGAAUCUACAACAGAUAGAAUUAGUGAAUCUGAUCAGCAACUGGCGAUGUUAAGUAUGAAAAAGCUUAGUCCGUCAAUCACUAGAAUACCUCCUUCUAAACGUCAUGGUAUUUAUACCUAUUUCGAUUCAUCCGAUGAAAUGUCACCUGAUACUCAGAGCCUUGGUUUGAGUUCAGCAGUCGACAGUGAAAUUAGGAGAGAAGUAGCAGAAUGCUACUUGUCUAGAGGCCCGCUUACAAUUGAAAAACAGAAAGCUGACUAUAAGAGACAGGCUCGGCCGUCUUGUAUCGGUAGUUCGCUUGGAAUGAUUGUUUCUGGUAUCGUCGGCGUCGUCCUUUUUAUCUUCGUUCUGUCUACUCUUGUCAUUUCAAAAUUGUCGUUUUUGAUAAUGACACAACAAUUCAAUGAUACGAGAUCGCCGUCUGUCAAUGAAUCUGUUGAUAGUCUGAAGACAAAGAAAGCGGCCGAAUUUUGGCGCCUUCUGAUAGCUCUCGUCAUUCCAAGUCUGUUUUCUUUCCUACGCUGUCUUUGGAGUGGUCUAAUCAGUCGUACGAAGAGACACUACCCGUGGCCAAACAAGUUGGCGAUUUUAGCAGGAUUUGUCACGUCAGUUUUAGAAAGUGUUGCUCUCUGCAUAUUUACCUUUAUUGUGGCUGCUCGAAUUCCACACGCUGCGAUAACUAUCACUCUAAUGUCUGGGGUUUUCGGAUUUACCAUCGUUAGCCAAUUGCUACACAUUCGCAAUGCUGAUCAAGGAAGAAAUAUGGCUGAAGGAGAAAAUGACGCGUAUGGAAGAAAUUAUAAUCUCUUCCUGAAUGAGAAUGACAAUGGAAAUGAGCAACAGCAGAAUGUUCGAGAAGAAUACGAACUAAUAGAAAUGAGAGAAAUAUGGAAAGAGAAUAGAAACCAAACACAACCUGGUUGGGAAGCGCUACAUAUAAAACUGGGUGAGGUUUAUAAGCGAUACCGCACGGUUGCAACAUGGAUUGCUCUCAGUUUACACGUUGGUAGCAUUGCGAUACUCGUUAUCUUGCUCUGUAUUUUUAACAGCAACUUUCAUAACAAUCGCUGGGUUGUUCUCACUUCUAUUCCAAUCGUACUCGGCUUGCUGUCGAUAGUAUGGUGUUCACCUGUUCAGAAAUACCUUAACAUAGCCGAGAGGAAUCCCUCCCUCGGUCGACCAAUAGCAAGCGCUCGCUGGAAGAAUGGCAUUCUGACGAACUUCUGGAGAAUGAUAUCGCUUACAACUGUGGCUAUAAUUAUGUCGGCUAUCCCUUAUGCGGAUUUGAACGUAGACGUGGACUAUUUAGGAAAGGGUUUAGCACAUUUGAGAAAUACGUCCGGCAAUACGUUUUUUCUCGUUAACGUCUUUUGUACUUGGGGAGCGUACGUAUUAUCAUGGUUCGCUUGUACAAUACGAAAGGGUACGAUCGGAUUCAUUUGGCCUUUGUUGCUUGCCACUCCUGUCGCCAUUGGUGCGACCUUUGGAGUUUGCUCUAAUGAUCAGCUAAAUAGUGCUAUAGCUUGCACGGGCAAUCUUCAAAUACCAUUUUACGAACACGGCCUCGUUCCCAUAUGUUUGUUUCUCUUAUGGAUUUCUCAAAUGAUAUGCUGUGUGUUCUACGUGUGGCGAACGAAACUCAUUGCAUUAAUAAAGGAAGAAAAUCUAUUCAUUCAAUCGUAUUACAAUUGUCCUUUUACCGAACAGAAUCUGAUGCUCAACAGAAUAGCAGAGUUUGAUGAUGAGAAAGUGAGAAAUCCCAAAAUGGAGGCUCUCGACAGUCACGUAUUUGUCUGCACGACAAUGUAUCGAGAACAGCUGCACGAACAGAAGAUGCUCCUCACGUCCAUUCACGUUAUAGAUGAAGAACAAGUCAAAAAUAAGAGUCGAAAUUUUGAAUGUCACGUAUUCUUUGAUGGUGGUGCUAAAGGCUGUCAUACCACAGAAUAUGCCAAUCAACUCUUUAGUCUACUACACGACACACUACUUAUCAGAUUGAGUGAUGGUGAGAAAUGGGAAACGCCAUACGGACUGCAGAUAAAAUGGAAUUUGCCUGGAGGUAUGCCUUUCUGUGUUCAUUUAAAAGAUUCCAAAAAAGUAAAAAGGAAAAAGCGCUGGAGUCAAGUCAUGUACUUGUCAUACAUUCUCGAUUUCCGUUCUAGAGAAUCAAAUUAUAAAGACGACAACACUUUUGUUCUUAUGACCGAUGCCGAUAGCGUUUUUGAUUUCGAGGCCGUCGAAAUCGUUCUCGAUCGUCUAUGUCGCGAUCAACUCGUCGGCGGAGUUUGCGGUCGUGUCCAUCCCGUCGGCAGCGGGCCGAUCGUCUGGUAUCAAAAGUUUGAUUACGCAGUCGGUCAUUGGUUUCAAAAGGUAACCGAACACGUUCUGGGGUCGGUCAUGUGCUGUCCGGGAUGUUUCAGUGUUUUUCGAGCACCAGCAUUGCGAGACGUUUUACCCGAGUAUGCGACCAAAGCAGAAACAGCCAAAGAGUUUUUGAUGAAAGACAUGGGAGAAGAUCGAUGGCUCUGCACGUUGCUGGUUGAGGAGGGUUGGCUACUAGAAUACGCGGCUGCUGCAGACAGUUAUACAUUCUGUCCGGACAGUUUCAACGAGUUUUAUAAACAACGCAGACGGUGGACGGUGUCGACGAUGGCCAACUUGAUGCAGUUGUGUUUCAACUCAGCGAAAGUCAUAGGCAACAACGACGCCGUCUUUAUCAUCUUCAUUCUCUAUCAAGCAGCAAUGAUUUUCUCCACCAUUGUCGCACCCGCGACCGUCAUCCUGGUUAUGGCGGCUGGUAUGACAUAUGCUUUUAACACGUCGUCUGAUUACGACAAUAGCGGGGCAUACAUUGCGUUUGUUGUUCUCUUUACUUUGGUAUCUUUUAUAUACGGCGUUGUGUGCAUAUUAUGUCAACCAGAUACACAACUAAAAAUGGCAAAAAUAAUGACUUUUAUUUUUUCUAUUCUGAUGGGGAUUGUUGUUGUUGGAGUGAUGGCUCAAAUAGUUAUUAGACUUGAAGGACCAGAGGCACCUACACCUACAACUUUUUAUUUAAACUCGUCGAGUCUGACCCAAGCGAACAAUGGAAUUUCAUUGGAGGAUGUUGCUUUAAGUACUUGUUAUCUAGCUGGACUCUUGUCGAUAUUCUUCGUGGCUGCUCUUCUUCAUCCAACCGAGUUCUUUUGUCUUUUUCAUUCCCUGUGGUAUCUUCUCUGUCUUCCAUCUGGUUAUCUCUGUCUUAUUAUCUAUUCCAUCUGUAACCUAAACAGUGACUCUUGGGGAACUCGCGAAACAGUCAAGCAGAACACUGAAGGUCAGAGUAUGUGGUCGUUUGUGCGAUAUUUCGUCAAUAAAUUGAAAGAAGUAUGUGGUUGUUGUAACUGUUGUCACUCAUCAAUUACGGCCAAUCCGUCGACACCAGAGUUACGAUCUGUGAAAGUUGAAGCGAUAUCAAUGACGGAUGACGAAACCGUUACACCGAAUUCACGAUCUGUAGAGGUGCAGACGAUAUCAGUGAAAGAUGGCGAUGACGAUGAAAACGUUACCCAAACAAAUUCGGAUUUGCCUUCGCGUGUAGACCAAACGGAAAGUGAAGAUCGAGCAUCGACUGCCGUUAUUUCAAUUAGAAGAUUCUUUGCAAAUAUUGGUCUUAAGAAUACAAACUACGCCGAGAAGUUUGAAGCUGUAGGUUAUGCAGACACGUCUUUCUUUAUCAAAAUGAAGGAAAAGGAUAUUAGAUCUUUGGGAGUGACAAAGACUGCUGAUGUUAAGGUUAUAAUGAUGGCAAUAGAUGAGCUACCCGACACAUCUGUACCACGGCGCGUUCCAAAUAACGUAUCUGAUUGGUUGCUGUCAAUUGGCCUACCUCAGUAUGAAGAACAGUUUGCAAGAGCCGGAUGUAAAGGAGAAUGUACUUUAGCCAGUCUAAUCACUCUGGAUCGAGAUAUUCUAGAAAACGAAGUUGGCGUAACAAAGGAAGGACAUUUGAAAAAGCUGGAAAUGGCUUUGAAAAUGAUCAAGUAUCCAGCAGAUUGUGAAGUGGCAAUAAUCAAAGCCAAGUCAGCCAUCGAUGGCUUAGACAAACAUAGAAUGGCUGACAGCGAGGAUAGAAAGGUAAACCUCGAAUAUGACUUUUGGAAUAGACUACAAGAGAAAAGUUUGAUACCAGAAUCAGACGAAUACAAAGAGGGAGGAAAAAUAAAGCAAAACCUAAAUGAACUUCGUAACAAGAUGGUUUUCGUAUUUGCCGUGACAAACAUUACUUGGAUAGUCCUCAUCUCGAUGCUUGGUUUUCACGCCAACUUAUCGGUUUUCCUCACCAACGCUCUUGGCUUUCUAUUGUUAGCCGUGUAUGGUCUCAUUUUUCUCGUUCAGUUCCUCGCUCUCAUUUGCCAUCGAAUCAUCACUGUUAUUCACUAUCUGGCUCACAAGGAUCAUUCCUCUAGCAAAAUGCCUAUUGCGUUUGAUAUAAGACGUUAUCCGCCCACAAACACUGACCAUCCACGCGACGACGGAAGAGUCCUCCAACCAAUGUCAAGGAAUCCUAGCACAUCGAGUACAAGAGGACGAAAACAAUCGAACGUGGACUAAAAAAUGCUUGCCACAUCUGACGAAACAACUGGUGAAGAAAGUUAGGGGACUCUUGACGAUAUAGCACGUUGUCAUCGACGAUUUAGCUCAUUGCUGUCGCUAUUUGUACGAAUAUUGUUCUUUUAGUGAGUCUGGCUGCUGGCAAUGGAACGCUCUGCUCGUGUUGAACUGUCAACUUUUAGGUAUUGCUGCAUAGACUAACUGCGUGGUGUUAAUUGUAGCGUUUGUUGGUGUUUCUGAAGUCGGUUUGUUGAUUUUCUAAUAAACGUUUCAAGUUAGAAAUGUUAAAUUUUGUCAAUCUAUUAGCUUUGAAUUCCGUCAGCACUAUACUCCUCUUAUACCUUGCUAAGUGACAACUUCGUGCCUUGUCUUCACGAUGGUAAGGGGCACGCCCA